AUGUCCUUAUUCGAAGUAAAGGGUUGGAACCUCAAGGCUGAUAAAAUCGCCGUAGGAGGUACAGAUAAGGUCGAGAACAAGAAAUCCAAAAAGAAAGAGAAGAAGGAAAAGAAAAGAAAGCUAGAGCAGGAAGCCAAGGCCAACACUGAAGAUGAACCAGAGGAGGAGAAGCCAAAGAAACAAAAGGUUGAUAGCGUCAAGGAGCUGAAGAAAGAUGGGGAGAAGCAGGAGGACUCCAAGCCCGCUGAACCCUCAAAAGAAGACCAAUUCAUCACGAAAGAGCCAGCAUCUGAAAGGAAGCUUACUCCAUUGCAGCAGAAGAUGAUGGCUAAGCUCUCUGGAUCCAGAUUCCGCUGGAUCAACGAGCAGCUCUAUACCACCACUUCAGAUAAUGCCUUGAAGCUUGUCAAAGAACAGCCUGCCUUGUUUGAUGAGUACCAUGAAGGUUUCAGAUCGCAGGUCCAGCUGUGGCCAGAAAACCCUGUUGAUGUCUUUGUUGACCAAUUUAAAGCCAGAACUACCAAACCAGUUAACGCUCCAGGUGGAUUACCUGGUCUUUCAGACAAAAGCAUCGUCAUCGCUGAUAUGGGCUGCGGAGAGGCUCAAUUGGCAUUGGAUAUCCAAAACUUUGUCAAACAGCACAAUCAGAAGAGCCAGAAAAAGAAAGGCAAGUUCCAUGACCGCAAUGGUCCAGCAAGAACAUUAAAGGUUGAGACUCACAGUUUCGAUCUCAAGAAGGCCAACGACAGAAUCACUGUUGCCGACAUCAAGAACGUCCCAAUGGAAGAUGAGCUGUGCAGCAUAGUCGUUUUCUGCUUGGCUCUCAUGGGUACCAACUUUUUAGAUUUUGUGGAGGAGGCCUACAGGAUAUUGGCGCCCAAUGGUGAGCUCUGGAUUGCCGAGAUUAAGUCAAGAUUCACGGAGCUGACCAACGCAAAGACAAGGGUUGCCGAUGACGUCGGGUCCGAGUUUGUGGAGUCGCUCAAGUUGCUUGGCUUUUUCCACAAGAAAACAGACAAUGACAAUAAGAUGUUCACGCGGUUCGAGUUUUUCAAGCCGUCGAAGGAAAUCAUAGAGCAGAGAAAAGCCAAGCUCGAGAAGAAGAAGCGCUUCAUUGAGCAGGAAACGAAAAAGGAAGAACUCGACCAGAAGAGAAAGGAGAAGGCUGAAGGUGAGUGGUUGUUGAAGCCCUGUAUCUACAAGCGGAGGUGA